GAAGCGAAACGCCAUUUGUGCAGUUUGCGCUUCUCUGAUCUGACUCAUCUGAAUUCAGGACUUUGCGUUUCACAUUUGGAUAAUAUAAUAAUGUUUUUUAGUAAUUUAACAAAUAAUCUGCACUAUUAUAUAAAUAAUUAAGUUACAGUGACAUAUUCAGAGAAAUGUCUAACUCACUCGUGCAUAAAAGUUUAGAGUUGUUGGGUUACGAAAAAGAUUUGCAGAAAGAACAAAAUAAGAAGAAGAAACGUAAGGCUGUUGGAUAUAAAGGAGUGUUGGAUCUAAUUCCCACUAAACAUAGAAUCAUCUCUAAAAACGAUAAGACAGAUCUCGAUACUAUUUUGGGCCGAUCCAGCAAAACUACCGUUUAUGAGACUCAGAAACGCUUAGCUAUUCAAAAAGAUCCUACCAACAAAAAUGUACAACGACUCCUUUUACUUAGCAGUAAUCGGAUAGAUUCUGAGACAGCAAAUAACCUGUUGCAACGUGCUGUAGGAAAGAGAUACAUUCAACAGGAAAAACCUAAGAAAUCAGAAGAAACAAUUUUCACGGAAGAAGAUUUCAGGAAAUUUGAACAAGAAUAUGUGGAAUGAAUUGUAAGGAAUAGCGCAAUGUAUAAUUUUAAUAAGGAAUAGUGCAAACUGUAAAAAUUAAUAUAGGAAUGACCAAUGAUGUUUAA